AAAAUACCAAGUCAGAAUUCAUCAUAACAUGUAAUUUUAUACUAUUAACCGAAUAUUGUUCAUGUUCUAAGAACUCCAACAGUCCAACCUAGUAGACACACCGCGAAGGACAUGCUGCUGUCGUGCCGGAGUGCCUCGCCGCCGCCCCAGAAACUCUGACCGCCACUGACUGCCGCUGCCCGUAAAACUGAACGUCGAUGCCGCUGCUCUGAAGAAGUUCGUCCCAUCUCCGGAGGAACAGAUUCGCCGGCCUAUUGAACCGCCGGAGGCCCGGAACAGCACACCCACUGCGCCUUUACGUUACUUCCCGUCAUGGGAUACAACCUUUGGCGUCGUUGUCUUCUCGCAUAGACCCCGGAACGCGGCCGGAGAAAGUGGCAGCUCCUCCUUCGUACUGCAAGCGGCUGACGAGGUCGAGAGUUUGGCGCAACAGCGCAUCAGCCGUCACUGCCGACCGCUGCCGUCUCCCUUCUUUCCUGGUUCGCACCGCCGCCUAUCUGGUCGGUCUUCACCGCUCUGUCCUCGUAUUUUGUUGCUGUUGCGUGUGGAGCUUCUCCUGAGCCGUCCAUUCCUCCAGAGAAAGGUAAAUACUUUCCACCUUAUCCUCUUAUUUUGACUUCUUUUCAAUUUUGACUUCUUUUUUAAUUUUCAACUCUAUUCUUAAUUUUUGUUUAGUCAUUCUAUUUUUUGUUUCUUUUAUGAAGUAUUCUUGUUCUUUUUUUUGGAAUGUUAGAAUGUAGUACGUAAUUAGCCAUUACUGUCGAAUUGCCUUUUUAGAAGAUGAUUUCCCUUUUCUUUGUAGAUAACUAGUUAUUGAAUUUUAUUUUGUAAUUAAUUAAUGAUUUUUCAUUUUUUUUUGUAAUUAGCUUUUGAUUCCUUUUUUUUCGGUAAUUAGCUACUGAAAUGUACUACCUCUGUUCUUAAAUAAAUGCAACAUAUGAAAUUUUACACUAUGCACAUGGUCUACUCUGACUACGUUUUAUUAAUGUAUGAAUAUAUUUUUAUGAAAAAAAUAUUGUUAAAUUUGUCUCAUUAUAAAUUUUCAAUAUCUAAUUUUUUUUUAAAACUUUUUUACUAAUAUGAAUUUAUAUAUAUUAAUGGUCAAAGUUGUGUCUCGGUAAGUGUGAAAUGUUGACCGUUGCAUUUAUUUAAGAACGGAGAAAGUAUUUUAUUUUAUGUUUUGCUCAUUUCUAUUUAUUUGUAUUUUAGCUUUCCGUAUCUUAUGGAUGUACUGGACUCCAUAGACUUAAGUGAACUUUCGGAACCGGUUAAUGGAACGGCUUUAGAAAAUGUACCUUGGAUAUAUGAUAAUUCUGACAUUGAGGUAGCUAGUCCAGAAUCUCCAAUAGUUGACUUGGUGAGACUGAAAAAAUGUCGCCCUCGUGGGCUAUACGUUCCUUUAGAUGCGACUCACAUUGAAUCAUGCAAAUCACGACUUUCAUUUUCUGAGUUUGAAAGUUAUCGGGGACUUUUCCCGUCCGAUGUUACCAUGGUUAUCCCGAACCGAGAUGACAUAGUUACUGAGCCCCCUGAGGGUGAUUUUUUCGGGAUACAUACCCUCUCCGUGAGACUAGGAUUUAGUCUCCACAUGCAUCCUUUCAUCACUGAGUUCCUAUGUGAGCUUGAGAUUCCUCCGUGCCAGCUCACCCCAUUUGGUCACCAGUACCUGGUGGCAUUUUUGGCCCGGUGUAAGGAGAUCAAGGUUAAGCCGUCUCUAGAUCUUUUUAAGCACCUGUUUAGGGUUGGUCAAUGCUCCCGAGCUAAUAGUCUGUCAUGGGUAUCUAUUUCCCAAUGUGCCCACCUUGACGCGUGGAAAGUUUCGCACAGUAGAAUCAGUAAUUGGAAGGAAGAAUUCAUCUCUGAGUCUACCGGACAUGCUCUCCCCUUCCCCACAAUUUUCAGCCCUCAUUAUAAGAAGUUUGCGUGUCUCACUCUUCCCGCCGAUCAAGAGUUAUGGCCGGAAAAGUUCUAAGCGGGCGGGCCGUUUAACAUUUCUACAUAUACUACCGAGGACCAUUUGAGCGGACUUGAUUUCCUCACCUCGGGCUUGUGCUCACCUUUGGAUGUCCUCGUCCCCCUUUCUUUAGACUCAGGUAUGACGUCCCGUGCGGAGAGAUUCAAGAAGAUGAAUGGCGAAGGGUCACAUGCGUCUACCCAAGACCCGCCGAGCAAGAAGCAAAAGGUUGUACCCUCCUUGCAGGGUGAAGGUGCCUCGUCCCCUUCUGUGCCCAUAACUAAUGGCCCGGUUACCAAAGAGACGCGGCGCAUCACCUGGAGUACUAGUGGUGCUCGUGAUGUCACGCUCAAGGAAGGACUGAAGAGUGUGGCUGAUGGACCGUUGGAAGAUGAUUGUCAUCAUGCCGCAGCAGAGCUUGUGUUGAAGAUCUCCGGGAAGAAUCGUCAGCAUGUUGUGCGCGAGCAAGAGCUAUUAAAGCUGCUUUCUGAAGAGCGGGCUGCCCAUAAGAGAUUGAUGAGCGAAGUGAUUGAAGCUCACAAGGUCAGGGAGGCACAGGAGAGGGACGCUCACGCUGCCGAGUUAACCAAGGUCCGCGCUGAGCGGGAACACUACAUUGAUUCCCACCUAGAAGAGAUCGCUGAACGUUGGCUGAAAACUCCCGCCGGCGUCGAUAGACUUGACAAAGACGGUUUACUGUGCUACAAUUUGGGGGAAUAUACCAAACAACAGGAAAUUUAUGCUGUUUUGAAGGCCAAGCACGGUGCCUCAUGCAUUGCCGAUUGGGGGCUUCCCUUUGAGAUUCCUAAUCCAGAGCCUGAGAAUGUCGACUCUUUUUCCAGAGUCGUUCCCUUGGGUGAGCUCCCUAGGGGUGCAGAUCCUGAUCACCCCAUAACUUCCGAAGAAGUAGCAAUGCUGGGGCUUUAGGUCGAGUGAUCCCCUCUUUGACCAUCUCCAUGCCUUGGAGAGUGUUAGAGUUAGACUACCAUAACGUGAUCUGCAUGUUUUUCUUUUUCUUUAGUACCUAAUUUGUUAGAUCGUUUUUUGAAUUUCAAGCAAACAAUUAUCUUGACAAUGUAAUAUUUCCUUUUAAUAUCGUUUUUUUAAUAUAGUUACCUAUACGGGU